GAGGUGAGCCGGUCUGUGGAAGGAGGCGGUGGUGGCGGAAGAGGUUGGGUGGCUGAUGGCGGCUCUGGGUCGGAAGCCUGUCUGACGUUGUCCGUCGGUCCGCAGGCUUUCCGGAGAUUCACAAUGACAUCCUUUCAAGAAGUCCCAUUGCAGACUUCCAACUUUGCACAUGUCAUCUUUCAAAAUGUGGCCAAGAGUUAUCUUCCUAAUGCACACCUGGAAUGUCAUUACACCUUAACUCCGUAUAUCCAUCCACAUCCAAAAGAUUGGGUUGGUAUAUUCAAGGUUGGCUGGAGUACUGCUCGUGAUUAUUACACUUUUUUAUGGUCUCCUUUGCCUGAACAUUAUGUAGAAAGAUCAACGGUCAAUUGUGUACUAGAAUUUCAAGGGUACUACCUUCCAAAUGAUGAUGGCGAAUUUUAUCAGUUCUGUUAUGUUACCCAUAAGGGUGAAAUUCGUGGAGCAAGUACACCUUUCCAGUUUCGAGCUUCUUCUCCGGUUGAAGAGUUACUUACGAUGGAAGAUGAAGGGAAUUCUGACAUGCUGGUGGUGACCACAAAAGCUGGCCUGCUGGAGUUGAAAAUUGAGAAAAUCAUGAAAGAGAAAGAAGAACUGUUAAAAUUAAUUGCUGUUCUGGAGAAAGAAACAACUCAGCUUCGAGAACAAGUUGGGAGAAUGGAGAGAGAACUUAACCAUGAAAAAGAAAGAUGUGAGCAACUGCAGGCGGAGCAAAAGGAUUUUAUAGAAGUGUCACAAAGUUUAAAAAUGGAAAAUGAGGAGUUUAAGAAGAAAUACAAUGAUGCUGCAUCCAAAGCCCUCCAGCUUGAGGAAGAUAUUGUGUCAGUUACACAUAAAGCAAUUGAAAAAGAAACUGAACUAGACAGUUUAAAGGACAAACUCAGGAAAGCACAGCAUGAAAGAGAACAACUUGAAAGUCAGUUGAAGACAGAAAAAGAUGAGAAGGAACUUUAUAAGGUACACCUGAAGAAUACAGAAAUUGAAAAUACCAAGCUAGUGUCAGAGGUCCAGACUUUAAAGAAUUUAGAUGGGAACAAAGAAAGUGUGAUUACUCAUUUCAAAGAAGAGAUUGGAAGACUGCAGUUGUGUUUGGCUGAGAAGGAAAAUUUGCAAAGGGCUUUCCUGCUUACAACCUCAAAUAAAGAAGAUACAUUUUUUUUAAAGGAGCAACUUCGUAAAGCAGAGGAACAGGUUCAGGCAACUCGGCAAGAAGUUGUCUUUCUGGCUAAAGAACUUAGUGAUGCUGUAAAUGUACGAGAUAAAACAAUGGCAGAUCUACAUACUGCACGCUUGGAGAAUGAGAAAGUGAAAAAGCAGUUAGCUGAUGCAGUGGCGGAACUUAAACUAAAUGCUGUUAAAAAAGAUCAGGAAAAGAAUGAUACACUGGAACAUGAACUGAGAAGAGAAGUUGAAGAUCUGAAACUUCGUCUCCAGAUGGCUGCAGAUCAUUACAAAGAAAAAUUUAAGGAAUGUCAGAGACUUCAAAAACAAAUAAACAAACUUUCAGACCAAUCAGCCAAUAAUAAUAGUGUCUUCACAAAGAAAAUUGGGAAUCAGCAGAAAGUGAAUGAUGCUUCAAUAAACACAGAACCAGCUACUUCUGCUUCUGUUAUAGAUAUGAAAUCACCACCUUCUGCAGAGACAGAUUUUGAUGUGCUAACAAAGGGACAAGUCUGUGAAAUGACCAAAGAAAUUGCUGACAAAACAGAAAAGUACAAUAAAUGUAAACAACUCUUGCAGGAUGAGAAAAUAAAAUGCAAUAAAUAUGCUGAUGAACUUGCGAAAAUGGAGUUGAAAUGGAAGGAACAAGUAAAAAUUGCUGAAAAUGUAAAACUUGAACUGGCUGAAGUAAAGGACAAUUAUAAACUUCAGUUGGCAGAGAAAGAUAAAGAAAUAAGUGGUCUGACUUCACAUUUGGAAAACCUCUCCAGGGAAAAGGAACUUAAAAGGAGUCUAGACAAUAAAACAGAAAGGAAAAUGGAAGAUCCAAAUUCUCAGAGUUCCCAGCAGGUCUCACAGUGUCUCAGCACAUGCUCAGAGCAGAAUGGCCAUGUUCCUGCACUGCCAAAUGCACAGCCAGUUCUGCAGUAUGGUAAUCCUUAUGUCACACAGGAAACAAGAGAUGGAGCAGAUGGUGCUUUUUACCCAGAUGAAAUCCAAAGGCCACCUAUGAGAGUCCCUUCUUGGGGACUGGAGGACAAUGUUGUCUGUAGCCAGCCUGCUCGAAACCUUAGUCGGCCCGAUGGUUUAGAAGACCCUGAGGAUAGCAAAGAAGAUGAGAAUAUGCCCAGUGCUCCUGAUCCUUCAAGUCAGCAUGUACGUGGGCACGCAGCGGGCUUUUGUUUUGAUUCCAGCUUUGAUGUUCAUAAGAAGUGCCCCCUCUGUGAAUUAAUGUUCCCUCCCAACUAUGAUCAGAGCAAAUUUGAAGAGCAUGUUGAAAGUCACUGGAAAGUGUGCCCAAUGUGCAGCGAGCAGUUCCCUCCCGACUACGACCAGCAGGGGUUUGAAAGGCAUGUUCAGACUCAUUUUGAUCAGAAUGUUCUAAAUUUUGAUUAGAAACAUUUUAUUAUGAGUUAACAGUUUAGAAAUUGAAAAAAAAAUCACCUCAAAUAAUAGACCACUAGGGAGACCACAUACCCUCUACUGUACUUUUCUGACCAAGAGCUACUUUAAGUUUGGUGAUAUUAGUGUCAGGGUCAAUCUUUGGCUUAUCAAUAAACUUAAUUUUAACCUCUGUUAAUCUUACCUGCUUUAAGAAAACAAGUUCUUGUGUGUUUAUAUAUUUAUUCCCGUUUGCAAAACUGUAUGAGUAAAAAAUACAGGAAUUCUUUUAAUGUUAUUGCACUGAAAAAUGUUACUAGUAAGCUAGAUUAUUUAGAAGAAUAUUUACAAGUUUGUUGGCCUUGUUGAUUGAGCAUGACUACUGAAUAUUAUGUAAUAAAGAGCAUUGAUCAUAA